AUGGACUAUGAUCAAAAUACACCGGACCAAAGCAAGAGAUCAAGAGAAUCAUCUCGGACGAAUUUCUUACUCAACAAACCAAAUGACAGGACUCCUCUAUCUGAGAUCACUAAUGUUGGUUCUUUGUCCUUCAAUACCAAUCUCAAUAAAAGGAGAAAGGUUAGUCCUCAAGGACGAUUGACCCCUGGGAAAUAUACACUAAGUCAUAGCGUGCUAACAAGCCAUUCCACGAAGCAGCACAGUCGGUUCAACGUUGAAAAUGUCUCUCCUAUUGACUUGGAUGCUGUUUCGUUUCAAGGAUUGGACAAUGAUAAUGAUGUUGUUGCCAUUGAAUGUGGGAAUAAUGGUGAGGAAUCUGAUAUACCUUCUAAUUUAGAUGUCCACUUUGACAGUCCGGUUGAGCUUAUGGAUACAGGAACAUCAGAUGCCGAUAGAGCGGACGAUAUAGUUGAUUUCAAUUGCAUGGACAACAGGGAAGAAAAUGAUAUACCAUCUAAUUCAGACUUUGAUAUUAAGCAAGCUGAUGGUGAUACUUUCUCUGACAUUACAAGUUCAGUUCAUGGAGAGGUUGAAUACCUGAACAUAGGUCAUCCAGAUCGUAUUUGUGAUGAUUGCGGUGCUAUGAUGUGGUAUCAUGAACGCACUAAGAAGGACUAUAAUCCUGUCAAUCCGAAGUUUUCUAUGUGCUGCCGAAAGGGACGGGUUGAAAUCGCAACGUACCCCCGCCUACCUCAACCGUUGCAUGAUUUGUAUCACAAGCUGGACAGGAAAAGCAAAUUUUUUCUAAAAAAUAUCAGAUCCUUCAAUUCAAUGUUUUCAUUUACUUCUAUGGGAGGAAAAGUUAAUAGAGACACGCAUGACGGAAAUGGACCUCCAAUGUUUGUCAUGGAGGGUCAAAACUACCAUCAAAUCGGUAGUUUACUUCCUAUGCCAGGAAACAAACCUAAGUUCGCUCAAUUAUACAUCUAUGACACUGACAAUGAGAUAAACAACAGGCUGGCGUGUGUAAGCAUGGAUGAAGGCGAUUUGGAGAUGAAGACUGCAAUUGUUACAGAGAUACGGGAUGUCCUUGACUCAUGUAACUCGUAUGUUGAAACUUACAGAACAAUCCGUGAAAGAAUAAAUGAGAAUGACAGUCCUCCUAUGCGGUUAAGGAUACUGCGCAAGAGGGACUGUGACGGUCGAAGGUACAACCUUCCAACCGCAUCAGAAGUGGUUGCGUUAAUUGUAGGUGACUUUGACAGUGCUGACUUUGAUAGGGAUGUAAUUGUUGAGACACAAUCAGGUCUGUUGCAGCGUAUAUCAGUUUUCGAACCAGCAUAUUUGCCUUUGCAGUAUCCCCUCCUGUUUCCGAAGGGAGAAGAUGGGUUUCGAAAGGAUAUUCCUUAUAAUGAAGACGCAGAUGCUACCGAUUUGCAAAGAUUGUAUGUGACACAAAAAGAAUGGAUUGCUUAUAAGAUCAUGCAACGAGAGACAGACCAAUCAACCAUUUUAUUUGCAAGGAGGUUGUUACAACAAUUUUUGACUGAUUCUUUUAGUUGCGUGGAGUCAUCACGUCUCAGAUGGCUAAGAGAUCAUCAAAAGGAAGUUAGGGCGGAAAUGUACAAGGGCUUGACUGAAGCUAUUCUCAGAGGUGAUACUGAUCCUUCAACCACGGGAAAGAGGAUUGUUCUUCCUUCGACUUUUGUUGGUGGAACAAGGUAUAUGCUGCAGAAUUACCAAGAUGCAAUGGCAAUAUGUGGUUGGGCUGGGUAUCCUGAUCUAUUUAUAACGUUCACCUGCAACCAAAAGUGGCCUGAAUUGGUUGAAUUUUUGAAGAUUUAUCACCUAAAGCCUGAAGAUCGACCAGACUUAGUUAGUCGGAUAUUCAAAAUCAAGCUUGAUGACUUGAUAAAAGAAAUAAAGAUAGGAGAAUUAUUUGGUGAAGUCAAGUCAGUCAUAUAUACAAUUGAGUUUCAGAAGCGUGGUCUGCCACAUGCUCACAUCUUGGUUUUCCUGCAUUCAAGAUAUAGGUGCGUUGGUCCUAAAGAUAUUGACAAAAUCAUAUGUGCAGAGAUACCAGAUAAGGAGAAAGAACCUGAACUGUUCAAAAUUGUUUCUACACUCAUGAUACAUGGUCCUUGCGACGGAGGGACAAUGGGGUUUUUUUUCAAAAAGGGUGAGGCAUUUGUUGACAACAGGUAUGUGGUUCCAUACAACAGAUAUUUGUUGUUAAGGUAUAAUGCUCAUAUUAAUGUUGAGUGGUGCAACCAAACAAGGUCUAUCAAGUAUCUGUUCAAGUAUGUUAACAAAGGGCACGAUCGCGUAACUGUUGGUUUUUACAAUGGUAAGGAAGGCAGUUCUGAUGUUGUUGACGAGAUUAAAUUGUACUACGACUGUCGAUAUCUUUCUGCGUGCGAGGCAGCUUGGAGGAUAUUUUCUUUCGAUAUAAACUACAGAACUCCAUCAGUUGAGAGGCUUACUUUUCAUCUUGAAAAUGAACAGCAUGUUAUAUAUGGUGAUAAUGACCCCCUUGAGGAUGUCGUCCGUAGAAAAAGCAUUCACCAAACUAAAUUCUGGGCAUGGAUGCAUGCCAACAAAGUUUAUCCCGAAGCAAAGAGCUUGACGUACAAUGAGUUCCCUACAAAGUUUGUGUGGAAAGCGGAUAAGCAUCGAUGGUCUCCACGUAAGGUAGGUUUCGCAAUUGGUAGGCUCCAUUUUGUACCACCUGGCACAGGUGAGUUGUUUUACCUGAGGACACUAUUGAAUUAUAUCAGAGGGCCUACAUCGUAUGCUGACUUGAAAACUGUGGACGGUAUUACACUAGAUACCUUUAAGGAAGCAUGUGCUGCGUUGGGUUUUCUUGGAGAUGAUAAGGAGUUCAUAGAAGCAAUUAUAGAAGCAGGAAAGUGGGGUACAGGGAUAUUUUUGCGCUUACUGUUCGCAACCUUAUUGGUGUCUAACCAAUUGUCGAAGCCAGAUUAUGUGUGGAACAACACUUGGGAGUAUUUGUCUGAUGACAUACUUGAUAGACAGCGACGUCGUCUACAAGUUCCAGAUUUGGUUCUUACUUCCGAUCAGAUAAAGAGUUACGCAUUAUCAGAGAUUGAGUCUUUGUUGCAAGUCCAUGGCAAGAGUCUCGACAACUACAAAGAAAUGCCUAAGUCAGAUUGA